CGGCGUAGCACUCACUGCUCUAGUAGGACGAGUUGGAUUCCGUGAUAGUGCUAUCCUGAUCCUUUCGGUAUUUAAGGACGUCUGGAAGAGUUUCUGGAGAUAUUGCUGCAACGACGUCUUACUGCUUGAAGUGUUCCUCGUUUAUAGCUUUCUAGUCUUUCUAUCAUACAGCGUCAAAGUAUCUCAUCCAGUAUUCCUCUGUUGGAAUCCAUUGUACUUUCACGUAUUCCUCGUCUGCGACUACUAAUCGCGUGUUCUAUUGUUACGAUGUUACUUAGAAGACGCGCUCCUGGACUGUUCCUAGUCAGUACUGCGUUCGGGCAGACCUUGACCACAGCAACGAAGCCUACGUCCUCAGCACAGGUCGUUACUGCAAUUUCAGAAUGCCAUAUGCAUGAUACUACACAGUUUUGUAUGGCUGGUACCACAGAGUUCCAAGUUCAUGUAACUGCAACUGGCACAUCAGCCCUUCCAGCGUCAUACACCGGAUGUCAUGUACAUGGCACAGACAAUUUUUGCAUAAGCCCCUUUGGUGACGAAGUCAGCAUCACACAGCAAAGAAGCGAUGGUGAUUCCACACAUGGUAGCUCAAAUUCGAGUCCAUCAGCAGCCACCUCCGGUCGCAACUGUCAUUUUCAUGCCGGCGUGGAACACUGCACCGGUGGAAACGAGAAUGAGGAGCACUCUUGUGAGCGUAUCAAUCGCGACUAUAAUAUCCCACUUCGAAUCGGAUUCCUAUUUGUUAUGCUCGUGACGAGCGCUUUUGGUGUCCUGGGGCCGAUAUUCCUCACAUCCUUCACAAAGGUGCCAACAGACCACAUUGCCUUGGUUCUCCUCAAGCAGUUUGGAACAGGAGUUCUCAUUUCCACUGCUUUCGUCCAUCUUUUUACUCAUGCAUAUCUGAUGUUUGAGAAUGAUUGCGUCGGCGAAAUGUCCUACGAAGCUACGGUUAGCGCAAUUUUCAUUGCUGGCGCCUUUCUUUCUUUCUUGGUCGAAUACGCCGGUCAUCGCAUCACCGCAAUCCUUAAGCCAACUCAGGUGCGAGCGGAUGAUAAUGAACUCGAGUCUCAUUCACAGGUUCACGAUCACCCCGUACCUUCGGACGCUAUCAGUGCUGCGGUCCUAGAGGCAGGAAUCGUAUUCCAUUCUUUACUCAUUGGCCUCACAUGUGUCGUAGCCGAUGAUUCGUUCUUUCGUACCUUGUUUGCCGUAAUCGUCUUCCAUCAAAUGUUCGAAGGGAUCGCUCUCGGCACAGUCAUCUCUGGUAUCCCGAACACCAAAUUGUCUUUCACAAAGAAGAUGAUCCUAGGGGGCAUCUUCACCAUUAUCACCCCAAUAGGCAUGGGCAUUGGCAUUGGCGUGUUAAGUCGUUUCAACGGUAACGACAGAUCCACCCUCAUAGCCAUCGGCACUUUAGACGCAUUAUCCGCAGGCAUUCUAGCCUGGGUAGCCUUCGUGGAGAUGUGGGCUAGGGACUGGAUUCAUGGGGGCCGGCUAGAGCGGGCUAGUCUGGCGACAAUACUGGCGGCAUUGCUUGCGCUGGCGUUGGGUAUUGGCAUUAUGAGUUUACUUGGGAAGUGGGCAUGACCAUAAAAGAUGAACAUGGGCAUGACGCCUUAGAUAAGUUUAGAGACCCCAGGCAAAUUAGGAUAGGAUUUGGGGCGGAAGGUUUCUUGAUGAUGGACCACUCUCUUAUGGCCUUUGAUAACGAGCCCCUAAACCUGGUUGCAGCACUACUUAGAUGACAGGGUGGUAUCCGUCAUUGAGCGGAAAUGCAUGAUAGGCGUGACUUCAUGGACCUUUUCGACUCAAACAACUGCCCAUAUAGUACUCGUGCCAGGCUUUCCCCACCCUCCAGGGUGGGUGCGCCACAGAUCAACGCAAACCACACAACGCAAAAUCUGUAGACUCAACUCAAAUAGUUAAUUAUCUCAACACCAAUAUACCUCUUGAGGAAGAUGAUCAGGAGAG